GCUCGGCUGGGGCGGCCUGGCCCACAAUGAAUGGCCGCCGCGGCUGCCGCUGCUGCUGAGGCGGAGGCCGCGGAGGCCGCGGAGGCGGAGGCCGAGGCCCCGGCGCAGGCGGGGCGCGCCCCGGGCCCAGGCCCGGCCCCAGCCGCCGCAGCGGAGCCCGGCGGGAGCCCAGGGAGCGCGGCCGCGGCGCAGGCGCCGCCAUGGCGCAGACGCUGCAGAUGGAGAUCCCCAACUUCGGCAACAGCAUCCUGGAGUGCCUGAAUGAGCAGCGGCUGCAGGGCCUCUACUGUGACGUGUCGGUGGUGGUGAAGGGCCACGCGUUCAAGGCGCACCGCGCCGUGCUGGCCGCCAGCAGCUCCUACUUCCGGGACCUGUUCAACAGCAGCCGCAGCGCCGUGGUGGAGCUGCCGGCCGCCGUGCAGCCGCAGUCCUUCCAGCAGAUUCUCAGCUUCUGCUACACCGGCCGCCUGAGCAUGAACGUGGGGGACCAGUUCCUGCUCAUGUACACGGCCGGCUUCCUGCAGAUCCAGGAGAUCAUGGAGAAGGGCACCGAGUUCUUCCUCAAGGUGAGCUCCCCCAGCUGCGACUCGCAGGGCCUGCACGCCGAGGAGGCCCCCACGUCCGAGCCACAGAGCCCCGUGGCACAGACGUCCAGCUGGCCGGUCUGCAGCACGCCGCUGCCCCUGGUGUCGCGGGUGAAGACGGAGCAGCAGGAGUCCGACUCGGUGCAGUGCACGCCCGUGGCCAAGCGGCUGUGGGACAGUGGGCAGAAGGAGGGUGGCGGCGGCAGCCGCAAGAUGGCCAAGUUCUCCACGCCCGAGCUGGCUGCCAACCGGCCGCCGCAGCCCCCGCAGCUGCCCCAGCCGGCCCUGGUCCUGGCGGGGGCAGGGGGCGCCGGGGCGCCGGGGGCUGGGGCCAGUGGGCCCAGCACGUCGGAGCGGACCAGCCCGGGCACCUCCAGCGCCUACACGAGCGACAGCCCCGCCUCCUACCACAACGAGGAGGAUGAGGAGGAGGAUGCGGGCGAGGAGGGCGCCGACGAGCAGUACCGGCAGAUCUGCAACAUGUACACCAUGUACAGCAUGAUGAACGUGUGUCAGACCGCCGAGAAGGUGGAGGCCCUACCCGAACAGGUGACCCCUGAGUCCCGGAAUCGCAUCCGGGUGCGGCAGGACCUGGCAUCACUCCCAGCCGAGCUCAUCAACCAGAUUGGCAACCGCUGUCACUCCAAGCUCUACGACGAGGGCGACCCCUCCGAGAAGCUGGAGCUGGUGACAGGCACCAACGUCUACAUUACCCGGGCGCAGCUCAUGAACUGCCACGUGAGCGCGGGCACCCGGCAUAAGGUGCUGCUGCGCAGGCUCCUCGCGUCCUUCUUUGACCGGAACACACUCGCCAACAGCUGCGGCACCGGCAUUCGCUCUUCCACCAAUGAUCCCAGCCGCAAGCCACUGGACAGCCGUGUCCUGCACGCCGUCAAGUACUACUGCCAGAACUUCGCUCCCAACUUCAAGGAGAGCGAGAUGAACGCCAUCGCCGCCGACAUGUGCACGAACGCGCGGCGCGUGGUGCGAAAGAGCUGGAUGCCCAAACUGAAGGUGCUGAAGACCGAGGGAGACACCUACACCACCUUCAUCAGCGACACUGUCAAGAUGGAGCUGGACAUGACGGGCAGGAUGGAGCUGGACCCCAUGGGCGUGGAGCACGGCUUCGACGCGGCCAGCCAUGACCAGCACGACGGCGAUGCGGGGCCCUCGGCCGAGGCCCUGCAGUGACCCGGCCACCGGCCGCCUCGUCACGAGCUACUGUACACGGGGGGUGCUGCAUGCCCCCGGCCCCCCCGCACCCCUCCCCCACCCCAACCUGAGCGGGGCCGGAACAGACCCAGGGGGUGUGGGGGGACCAGGGGUGAGGUCGGCGCUGCCUCCUGCAAUCACCUCACUCUUAGCAAUUGUCCCCCACAGCCAGUGGCAGGGUGGGUUGGGGGGGCCCAACAGCCCCUCCCCAUGCCCUGGCCGCCUGGCGGGAGCAUUCCUCAGCCUUCGCCCCUCACGGCAGCCCCCGAGACUCGCAGGGGCCCCGGGGUUCUCAGGACCCCUCUGCCCCCACCCCUCAGCCCCUCCACACAGACCCCCCAGUGCUUCCACGUUUCCAAAAGCGCCUUCCUGUCCCCCUUGUGUGUCCCUGCGUCGGGCUGGUCAGCGAAGCCCUGGGGCACCCUGUUUGACCACGGAGGACGCAGGCUCAGAGUCCCACAUUGGACUUAAGGUGGAGGCAGCCUCGCCGGCCGGGCCCAAAAAUAGGGAGUGGGGGCCAUGCUCAGCUUCCUGCCCCCGUCAGUCCCCUGGGGCCCGAGUUGGGGGUGUUGGGGGUGCCUAGCUGGGGUGUCUGGAGAGGGACAGUGUCCGGGGCUCACAGAAGCUGCAUCUGAGCGUGUGCAUGUGUGCGUGCGUGGGGAAAUUAGGCAGGGGACCCGGGGGUGCAGGUGGUGGGGGGCAGCCGCCCUGCCCUCCCGCCCCCAGCAGGGCUCCCCGCUGCCCCCCUGUAUAUACUUUUUAAAACCUUUUUUUAGUGAAUGAAAUACGGAAGUAUAGGAUUUCUUUUAUUUUUCAAACAUACGGGAUUGUCCGUGGUGGUCCCCAGGGGUGUGGCAGGGGUGCGUGCAUGUGGAAUGUGGGUGCGCACUGCCUAGGAGUGGGGGGCCCUGCUGCUGCUGCUCGGGCUCCGGUGGGGUGUCCAGCCCCCCGGGCACCUACGGGGCACUGACGGGCAUCCUGGCCUAAUGCCGGGUGGGGCCCCCUCUCCCCCCAGAGUUUGACUUUGACAUGACCUUGAACUCCAGGUCUUUUUCUUUCCUUUUUUUUUUUUUUUUUUGCCCUUUGAACUUCCAGCACCUGCACACGCAAACACCCCUGCCCUGGGUGUCACUCCCCUGCCCUUCCUGACUCAGGCCAGUGGGGUGGAGGACAGCCCAGCUGGGGGCCAGGCCCGACCCCAGCACCUUAGCGCCCAGCCCGUCCACGUGAGGGAGGGGGACAGCCAACACCCCCAGCUAAAGCACAAGCACCUUAGUCCUGCCCCGCCCCUCCCCUGCCCCAGCGAUGAUCCCAAAGCACAAACUCCUGGUCAUGGAGGCGAACGGGGAGGGGGGCCUGUGCGGGGGCUCCAGCUGGACCCCCAAAGGCAGCAGAAGCUUCCUAGGCGCUCCCCUCCUUCCAGGCCUUAGUGGGGGGCCAGGGACUGGGGGCUUCUCCCUCCCACCCCCUGGCCUGGGCUGUCUCUUCCCCCCACCCCACCCCUUGCUUCAGGGACCCCAGGAGGUGCCCCUGGCUUCCGGCCCCGUGGGGGUAGGAGUGGGGGAGAAGGGCCAGGCGGGGACGAAACUCCUCAUCAGGAGAGCCAAAGAGAGGGUUGUGCCUUACCCAGGAGCCCCUGCACCCCGCAUGGACCCCCGCCCCACCCUGGGCAGUUGCAGGUACACUAACCGCCGCCACGGCUGCAGAGACUGGGGGACCCCCCUCAGCUCCUGCCCCCCCAACCUCGUUGACGCUGGAUAGACUACCCCCCAGCCGGCCGACCCCGUGAAGUGCCAAGGCCCUGCCCCCAACCCCCUUGGGAUUGCACACACUACUGUAAGGCCGCAUGGACGGACGGACGGACACACGCGCUGGGCAAUGUGAAGCCGCCGCCGGCGCUGCUGGCGGAAUAAACGAACGCCUUUGUAACAGCC